UCGCAGGCCAGCCGUCGCCAUCAGCCCGGACCGCUGCGGCGUACAUUUGCCCCCCCCCCAGCGUCACCCGAUUUCCUUCCUGAUCUGGUUCGCCUGCCGCUGCACUGCCCACCACUCCCUCUGCGAUGGACGUCCAACUGACAUCAACCCUGCUUGAUACUGGACGGAUUCAAUAAAUCCCAGACGCUCCCAGAUCGUUGACAUGGAGGCUAUCUUGGACUUUCGAAACGAAUUGGAUAUCGCUCUGCUCGACAAAGUCGUCCACGCUUUCUUUGCGGGGAAGGGUGUAGAGCAACAACAAGCCAACAAAGUUCUCACCCAGUUCAAGGAACACCCCGAUGCUUGGAGCCGUGUCGAUGGUAUCCUCGAAAAGUCGACCCUGACCGAGACCAAGUUCAUCGCCUUGCAGAUUCUCGAGACCCUGAUCGGGACGAUGUGGAAGGCCCUGCCUCCGGAGCAGCGCGAGGGCAUCAAGAACUACAUUGUGGCAUUCAUCAUCAAGUCGUCGUCUGAUGAGGCUACGCUCGAGAAGCAGAAGCCGCUCCUGCGAAAGCUGAACUUUGUGCUGGUCCAGAUCCUGAAGCAAGAGUGGCCCCACAACUGGCCCACCUUCAUCCCCGAAAUCGUCAACUCGAGCAAGAGUAACCUGGCCCUUUGCGAAAACAACAUGAGCAUUCUGAAACUCCUCAGCGAGGAGAUUUUCGACUUCUCCAACGAGCAAAUGACCCAGCAAAAGACAAAGAAUCUCAAGAACCAAAUGUGUGGCGAGUUUUCCGAAAUCUACCAGCUCUGCUACGAGAUUCUGGAGAAGGCUCAGAAGCCCAGCUUGAUCAGCGCCACACUCGAGACCCUUCUGCGAUUUUUGAACUGGAUUCCCCUCGGAUAUAUCUUUGAGACUCCCUUGAUCACUGUGCUUCAUAGCCGCUUUUUGGGAGUCCCUCAGUUCCGAAAUGUCACUCUCAAGUGCAUGACCGAAAUCGGCAGUCUGCAAGUUGGCCCGGAGUACUCUGAAAACUUUGUCGUGCUCUUCCAUAUGGUCAUGUCGUCGAUUAGACAGGUGUUUCCUCCCAACACCGACCUUGUGCCCAUUUGGGAAGACUCUACAGACGAAGAUCAAAACUACAUCCAGAACCUGGCCAUGUUCCUCUGCCAGUUUUUCACUGUCCAUUUGAAGAGUGUCGAAAAGGAGGCCGACAAGACGGACUUGAUCGAUGCCCACAUCUACCUCAUCAACAUCUCUCGCGUCAAGGAGAGAGAGAUCUUCAAGAUUUGCUUGGAAUACUGGGCUAAGCUGGUCGCCGAGCUCUACGAUGAAAUCCAGAACAUCCCUCACGCAGACGUACCGCUACUGAACCUCUCUUAUGGCGGCAUGGCCACUGGAGCUGCCAUCGGAUUGCGCAAACACAUCUACCAGAGUGUUCUAUCAAGCCUUCGUGUCGUUAUGAUUGAGCGUAUGGUCCGACCCGAGGAGGUUCUUAUCGUCGAAAAUGACGAAGGCGAGAUUGUCCGCGAGUUUGUAAAAGAGAGCGACACCAUUGUUCUCUACAAGAGCAUGCGAGAGGUCCUCGUGUAUUUGACCCAUCUUGAUGUUGAGGAUACCGAGGGCAUCAUGACCGAGAAGCUUUCUCGACAGAUGGAUGGCUCUGAGUGGUCAUGGGAUAACCUCAACACCCUCUGCUGGGCCAUUGGCUCGAUCAGUGGCGCCAUGAACGAAGAGACCGAAAAGCGAUUCCUGGUGACCGUCAUCAAGGAUUUGCUUGUUCUCUGCGAGAUGAAGCGCGGUAAGGACAACAAGGCCGUCGUGGCUUCCAACAUCAUGUACGUGGUUGGUCAGUACCCCCGGUUCCUGAAGGCCCACUGGAAAUUCCUCAAGACUGUGGUCAACAAGCUCUUUGAGUUCAUGCACGAGCUUCAUGAAGGUGUCCAGGACAUGGCGUGUGAUACCUUCAUCAAAAUCGCUCAGAAGUGCAAGCGUCACUUUGUGAUGCAGCAGGCCGGCGAGAUCAUGCCCUAUAUCGAGGAAAUCAUCGCCACCACCAACCAGAUUACUUCGGAUCUGCAGCCCCAGCAGGUUCAUACUUUCUACGAAGCUGUGGGCCAUAUGAUCUCUGCGCAAACCAACAAGGCCGCGGCCGAACGUCUCAUGAUCAAGUACAUGGAGAUCCCCAACCAGGCGUGGGACACAAUCAUGUCGCAGGCUGCCCAGAAUGUCGAUGUCCUCAACGACCCAAGCAACGUCAAAAUCCUUGCCAACAUCCUCAAGACCAACGUCUCUGCUUGCACUGCUGUCGGCCCGCUCUUCUACAACCAAAUGGGACGACUCUACAUGGACCUUCUUGGGCUGUACAAGGCCGUCAGCGAGAUUAUUUCUGAGGCGGUCACGACUCAGGGCCCGAUUGCCACUCAUACCCCCCGUGUCCGUGGAUAUCGUACCAUCAAGAAGGAGGUCUUGAAGUUGAUUGAGAUCUUUGUCAACAAGGCCGAUGAUCUGGAGGCCGUCAACCGUGAUUUGAUUCCUCCCCUGCUUGAGACUAUCCUCGGUGACUAUGCCCGCGGUGCUCCCCCAGCCCGUGAUGCCGAGGUGCUCAGUGUGAUGGCCAGCAUUGUCGCCCGUCUCCAGACUUUGAUGACCGAUCGCGUGUUCCCGAUCUUCGAAGCUGUAUUCGAAUGCACUCUCAACAUGAUCAACACCAACUUUGAGGAGUUCCCAGAGCACCGUGUGUCGUUUUUCAGACUCUUGCAAGUCAUCAAUGCCAACUGCUUCCCAGCCCUGUUGCAGCUGGCCGGCCCGCAGUUCAAGCUUUUCAUGGACAGUGUCACAUGGGCCUUCAAGCACACCAUGCGCGAUAUUUCCGAAACCGGCCUUACCAUCAUGCUCGAGCUGUUGCUCAACUUUGCCAAGACCGACAAGGCCAUCUCAAAUGCCUUCUUCCAGAGCUACUACAUCAACAUCAUGCAGGACGUCUUCUUUGUCCUGACUAAUACCAUGCACAAGUCUGGAUUCAAAACUCAGACUCUGAUCUUGAUGAACAUGUUCCAGUUCGUCGAUACCAACGUCAUUACCGCGCCGCUCUUCAACCCAGCUCAGGUUGCCAACCCCAACAUGACUAACCAGGAAUUCGUCUCUGAGUUUGUCAGCAAUCUGCUUCAGGGCGCCUUCACCCACGUCCAGCCCGUCCAAGUCCGCCAAUUCGUCAUUGGAUUCUUCUCGACUGACAAGGACCACAACCUCUUCAAGGGCCAUGUCAGAGACUUCCUCAUCACGCUGAAGGAAUUCCAAGGGGACAACAGUGAGCUGUUUUUGGAAGAGCGCGAGGCCGAGAUGGCCAUCAAGAAGAAGGAGGAGAUGGAUGCGGCCCUGCGGAUUCCGGGCAUGGUCAAGCCUCACGAUCGCCCCGACGACGGCAUGACCGACUAAGCUCCCCUCAACUCCCCACAUUUGGAUUGCCGCGCGCCCGUGUCCGCCGGCCUUUGGUGUCGCCUUUUUUCGUAGAAGUGCCGACUGCUAUAUACGGCGCCUCUUUCUUGAGAUUCAGCAUCGGCAGCUC